UAGAAGUGUCAAUUUAACAAAAUUGUCAACAAUGCCCUUACGUGGUGCACUGGUAUUUGGGUUUAGAAAUAAUAUUGCGUAUCGCAAUGAAAUCUAAAUGUUUCGAUAUGAUUAAUGAAACACAGAUGUUAACAUCAGUUUCAUGUUACAGUGAUUACGGCCAUGUUGUACUUAGGUAAAACGAGCGAAGGCGAAAAAAUGAAGUGUUCGUGCAAAAAUGAAAUAUUCACCAAAAUGAUAGUGGAUAAGUGCAGGACCGUAGUCAUACUCUCUAGUAUGGUGUGUACACUAGCUGUUGUUAUAUCUUUACACAAAUUAUUAACUUAUGACAUUAGAAUUACCAAACCAUUUUCCCCUAUACCAGAAGGGCUGUACGGGAACUACUUAGAACCAAUUUCAGAUGAGAAUCCCGUACCUAUAGUACCUAAGGCACAAGAUAAAGCUCGGGAUGCGGAAGCUGUGGUGUCUUUAAAUGCUGCAUUAGAAAUGAAGAAACAUGGAAAGUCCGACAAAGCAUUAAAAUUAUUUCAACAUGCAUUCGCUCUGUCACCAAAACAUGCAGAUAUUUUAAAUCACUAUGGAGAGUUCUUAGAAGAUACUAAAAAAGAUAUAGUAAAAGCAGACCAGCUUUAUACAUUAGCUUUAACUAAUUACCCUGAUCACACUGGUGCUUUAACGAACAGACAAAGAACAGCCAGCAUUGUUGAAAACUUAGACAGAGAAAUGUUGAGGAAAAUUGAUGAUAAAAGAGAUGCACUAUCUUCAAUACCAGAAAACAAUUCAGCAUUACGAAGAGCAAAAAAGGAGGCAUAUUUCCAACAUAUUUAUCACACAGUAGCCAUAGAAGGUAAUACAAUGACAUUGCAACAAACAAGAAGUAUUCUAGAGACUCGGAUUGCUAUAUCGGGCAAAAGCAUAGAUGAGCACAAUGAAAUUCUAGGCUUAGAUGCAGCAAUGAAGUACAUAAAUUCUACACUUCUGUACAGAUUACGAGACAUAACCAUGGGUGAUAUUCUUGAGAUUCAUAAGAGGGUGUUAGGGCAUGUAGACCCAGUGGAAGGAGGGAACUUCCGCAGAACACAGGUGUAUGUUGGUGGUCACAUUCCACCUGGCCCCUUAGAGAUCCAAGGCCUAAUGAUACAGUUUAUGGAAUGGCUUAACUCUGAAGAUGCUUUGGAUUUACAUCCAGUAAGGUACGCAGCCCUGGCGCACUACAAACUAGUGCACAUCCACCCGUUCGUGGACGGCAACGGACGCACGUCGCGGCUCCUCAUGAACCUGCUGCUGAUGCAGGCCGGAUACCCCCCCGUCAUCAUCGCGAAACAACACCGCCACCUUUACUACCAGCAUUUGCAGACCGCUAACGAGGGAGAUGUUAGACCUUUUGUUAGGUUUAUAGCACAAUCAACAGAGCGAACUCUAAACCUGUACCUGUGGGCGACCAGCGAGUUCUCCCACACGGUCCCGGCCAUCGGCAAACCUCAUAUACUUACCGAAGAUGAAUUCCGAUACAAUUCUCUGACACCGGAUCCAACAGAAGUACAGAACAGAAUUGAAAAUAUCCUCAAGAGAAAUGAAUUUUGAACGAAACUUAACAGAUUUAUGUAAGGUUGGGGGGCCAUACUUGGCGUAGCGGCUUGAAGACAAUUUCUAAUACAAACGAUUCACCGGUUAGUUACAAUGAUGAUGAUGAUGAAUGAUCAAACGAACCAUCGUUUCGUUGGUGCAUCUCUAACUGAACGUAAUGCUUUAUUACAUUACGACAUUAAUGAAGACUUAUGGCGUAAAGGAGUGCGCGUGAAAUAAUGUUUUUAAGUUAAAUCCGUCUCUGAAGUUAAUGUGUCGCCAAAUACUAUUUAAGAUCGAACUAAUUAAAUUAAAAAAUAAAUUAUCUAGCCACCCAUCAACGCGCGCUGCGUGAGUUGCGUGACAUGAUUUCCCGCUUAGUCUAAUACUCCUUUCUCGGUUUCAGAAACACUUAGCUUUUACCCUGUCCUGUUUGUUACAAAACUUUAAAAUAAUUUAAUUCGGAGCAUAUUUAAGUAUAACGCGCACUACCUAUGUGCAGUUUGUUAAAGAUAGCGAUAUUUUCCACAUCGCCAGGUUGAUUUUUCGAAAAGAACCUCAUCGCAGAGACCUUUCGCGCGUAUCGCGACUUGUAUGACAACCUACAGUAACCAUAUAGCACAAAGAUAUAUAAUACUUGUGCUUGAUAUGCAAAGGAAAUUUACAGAAAUGAUUUCCUAAAAAUGUCAGUUUCGUUGACAAGUGUAAAAUAUUUUUGUCAGACGUGUGCGCAGAGCCUUCUCGGUUUGUAAAAAACUACCUACUUAUUACCUACAUCAUCUGUAUUGCGUAAUCAUUUUAAAUAGUUCGCAUAAUAUUUCUUAUAUUAUUCUAUAAAGAUAAAAAAAUGUAUCUAAGUAGUAUUAUUAGUACAAUGGCUUCCACGACCCACAGUUGAAUAAAAAACAACACAAUAAGGCUGAAUUACUACUAAAAUUUGUAUUACUCUUUUAUAUUUUGGACACAUUUAGUAGUUUACAGCACACGUGGUAAAUGAUUAUCCAAGAUAAAUCUUUAACAGAACACGAAUGUUUUAAAAUAGUGGAAAUAUGUAUGUAGUGUAUGUGUUUAAUCAAUGGAUGAAAUAUUAUUUAUUUUGAGUGCAUCUGAUCACUACGCUGAGAUUGUAUUUUGUUGAAUGUGAUAAAAGUUAAAAAAAAUAUUAACUCUGUCGUACAAAAUAAAGUAAACUAAUUCCAGAUAAGUUUGAAUGUAAAUUGAUUUUUUAAUGUUUAUAUUUUGACAGCAAAAUGCGUGUCACAAAUCAGCCUUUCUAAAGUUUAUUUUCAAUUUGUACAACAGACGUUGAGUAGCUAGGACCUAUUUAUUGAAUUUGAUUGUUCCGAUCAUGUCUGUACAAUAUCACAGUACUAAAUUAAUUAUAUACACAUACUAACAAUCAAUUAAUUAUAAUUGCAUUUAUUUAGUCAGUCGUGAUUGGAUUCAAUCCGUCGGUUCCUUGUGAUGAUUAUGUAAAAUUAACACUAAUUUAUUUAACAUUAUAUUUAAGACUAAGUUUAUGCCGCGGUUGAACUCGCAUUAAACUUGGAAUAAAUACCUAAUGGAAUGUUGUAAUGGGAGCUCACCUCACAUUGGUCGUAUUUGAUUCUAAAAUGUGGUUUUAUUCUCUUUGUUUCCCACUAUUUUAGCAAGAUAAAAUGAAAAUAUUAGUAGUUAUGCUUUUAAACCGACAGACGGGUACACCCAAAUUCCAAUAUACGACUCGACCAAGCUAAGUUUGCACCUCGCUGGAAUGCGGCGAUCCGCCCGUUUCCCCGCUCACCUUCCCGCGAUCGCCCUGUCGCGUCAGUACGGUUAGCAUCUUUGUCAUACGAGUUUUCGUUUCCCUAUCUGUUGAAUUUUAAAUUUUUUAACUGUUCUUAAUAGGUUUUUUGUUGAAGUUUAGUUAUAUAAUUGGACUAUUUUUGUUAAGUUUUUGUUGAACUGUUGUUACUGAACGCUUAACGUUCAUUUUUUUUUAAUUCGAGAGGAUUGUUGUGGGCAACAUAAAUGAAAGGAAAGGUGAUACACAGUGAAGGGAGAUACAUAAUCUUGAAAAAGAAACAUAAAGGAAAAUUAUUACUGAGCAAUUAGGAUACAAAAAUGUGCAAGAACGCCCGGGUGGUCUUAAUACAAAAACCCGACAUCGCUAUAUUCUAAACUACCUAUGUAUAAUAUAUUGUUAAAAACAAUAAAUGCAAAGUAAAAUCUAACAUUUGUUUACAUUUUUAAAGUCAUAGCGAAUCCUUUUUUCAGACCGUACCUAAGCGAUAGUGUGACGUAAUCGAUGCGGGGUGCAAACUUAGCUUGGUCGAGUUGUACCUAUGUAAACGUUUGUUUCGUACAAAUUUUAAACCAAAUAAUAUAAAACAUCUUAAUAGUU